AUGUGGUUGGAUGUUCAACUCGAGAAUGCUUGUUUUGUCGGUCGCCGAGUCACAGCUGGACACAAGCAAUCGCGUUGUGUCGAGGUGCAACUCGUUGCUCGAAUGGAGGCGAAAGAGGUGGAAUGGAAGAAAGAAAGUCAACGAUUGCACGAACACAUCAAUGAACUCAUUCGGUCCAAACUAGACCUGGCUGAUCAGGUAAAAUUUGCCAAUCAAUCUGCGGCCAACGCGUCGAAUAAGACCGGAGCCGCGGUUCGAUUGGGCUCAUCCGCUGCUCCGACGCUGGGCCUCGUUGUUGGUUUGACUGGUGAGGGAGAUACCCAAUUGCAUCCACCUCAUGAAAAUAUGUACGAUGCCACAAGUAGUGGAUUCGGUUUCGACGAGAUGCCUUCGUCGGAUGCUGAAGGUGUUCCGUUGGAUGAAGAAAUUCCAGCCGGCAUGCGAAGGGAAAUCGAUAUAUUGAUUCGUGAAAACAUGGAGCUUGUUGAAACCAAGAACGCCUUAAAUGUUGUCAAAGAUGAUUUGAUAACCAAACUGGACUCAGUCAAUCUUGAUAUUCCCGUUCAAGAUAACCAUCCGAAUUGUCUGUUUGCUUUCCUGCGUCACGAUAGUGAGAACGCUUCGCUUCGCGAGUCCGUUGCUCAUCUGACUCAAAGUCGUGCAACACUGCAAUCGGAGUUGGCGUCCACUGAUCAACUAUUGAACGAUACCCGCCACGAAUUGGAGGAAUUGCGUGAUCGACUGACCGCUUCCUCGCAUCGUUUCGAAUCCACUGUACCCGAAUCGGGCUCCGGUUCUAUGCACCGGAAACGUUUCACUCGUGCCGAAAUGGCCCGUGUACUGUCCGAACGGAAUCAGUACAAGGAACGGUUGAUGGAAUUGCAAGAAGCUGUUCACCUAACCGAAGCUUUACGCGCCGGUCAGAAAGGACAUCCGGAAUUGCUUUUGGGUCUCAGUGCCGCUGCUGGUGGACCAAGUCUGGUCGGUUCUGGUCUGACAAGCCACCAAGCACCUACCGCAUCUAAUCGACCACUGCAAACAUUACAGAACUUGUGA